UCCACUAGCUUUACUCCAUUCUAUGAUCGGAGCCUAAGGAAAUGUAGCGUUGAAAACAGGUUGUAUUGGUCUUCGAGCUGUUUCUUCGGUUUCUUCUUAUUGUGCAAUUUAAUCUAUGUCAGUGCCAUAACCGGUACCCGGUUCUGUGCAUUGAAUAUAUCGACGUCGAGGAACUGGAGAAGUUCAAGGCAGCGAAACGUUUCAAGCGUAGCUUGUCUCUGCAUUAAUUGCCAGAUAAUACGUACAUGGUAUAUGCUUAUUGCAUAUCUUACUCCGUAAUAUCCGAAAUCUUCCCCGAAAGACGGUUGAAAUGGAGGAUAAGCUGUUGCAGAUGCUCCAAGAUGUUGGAUACACUGGGCCAAUGCUUGAUGCCAAUAAGUUGUCGAACGCAUUAAAACUUGGCGCAAAAUCACCGGAUUAUACUAGUCUCGUAAGCUGGUUUGCCGAGCAACUGGCGACAUUUAUAGAUGUAGAUGAAACCGUUCAUGCUACAACAAGCUCGGACGACGCUAGUUCCUUUCUCUUAGAGUUAAGCUUCUUUCUUAAAGAAAUAGGAUGUAUAAAUGAGAAACUGAUGACUGGACAUAUGAAUCAAAGACUAGCUAAUGAAUCUGAAAGAGCUAUUCUAAUAGAAUUUUUAACAACAGAGCUUAUGGCUUGUAAAUUAUUGGAGGUGAAAUGUCCUAAAGAAGAAAAGCAAAUAGAAGUCACCAUUGAUGAAAGUGAUACUGCUAGAACUUUGAAAAAUAUGCUAGUUGUACUGAAGUUUCAAAAGCCACCAGACAAUAUUUCGCCUGACUUAAUGUUUUCACGGCUAGAAACUAAAUUAUCAGAAAUUCUAAAGACUGUACCACCUAAUCAUCUAGAUAAACCACUUAUAGAUGUCGAGCUGUCUGCUAAACAGUGGGAGAAACUAGGUCAGCUACAAGAAGAAAUGCACAAGGAAUAUAUAGUUCGACGUGAGAUGUUGCUCAAACGUCUUGACGUUACAGUUCAAUCAUUUUUGUGGUCUGAUAGAAUAAAGUCACAGGAGACUGAAGUAAACAAUAGAUACGAUGAGAGAAGAAAGACUCUGAAAAAUGAACCAAAAGUGACACUGGCCGAUUUACUAGCAGCUAGAGACGAUCUAGCAAUAAUUGAGAAAACAAGUAACGCGAGUGUUCGCAAGAACACACGAAGUAAAAUCAACAGCGUUAUUAUUGGAGCAGUUCCGGACAGAGGUGGUAGACCAUACGAACAAGAGCCACCUCCACCAGAGAUGCCACCAUGGCAGAAGGAUAGAGUUCAAGGACCACCGUCAUUCCAGGGCGGAAGAGGAGGAAGUGGGGGUGGACGCGGUGGCGGUGGUGGAGACAGAGGACGCGGAGGUGGAGAUAGAGGACGCGGAGGUGGUAGAGGUGGUGGAGGCGGUAGAGGUGGAGGCGAAGGAGGUGGCGGUGGUGGUGGUGGUGGUGGCGGCUAUCGAGAUCAUAAAGACGCUAGUAGUAACUUUGGCCAGAACUUGAAUUAUCAGCAGCAAUCUCAAUAUUCUGGACAUGGACAUAGAGAAUGUUAUCCGGAUCAUAGAGAUGGAGGAGGAUAUCAGAGAGGCGGUGGUAGCGGUGGUGGAGGUGGAUCUUAUCGUGGAGAUUCCGGCACGAGCUACAAUCAAAGUUACGGUCAGAAUCAGAAUUAUCAACAGCCGCAAUAUUCCGGUCAGAGAGACUCGUAUGGAGGUGACAAUCGAGGCGGUGGGAACUACUAUCAGGAUAGAAGGGAAAGCGGAGGAGGAAGGGGAGGAGGCAGAGUUCAAGGUGGAUGGAAUCAAGGUGCCAAUAAUUCUGGUUCGAAUAGUUAUCAACGUGGCGGCUACAGUAGGGGCAGAGAUAAAUACUGAAGAUGUCACUUUGCUUAUAUUUUUAAUAACGAUAGCAGAAGUUUCUCACGAAAAGAUAAAGUUAUGAUAUUAAAAUAAUUAUAGUAAUUAUGUUCAUCACUUACGCUUAUAUUAUACUCA